AUGCAUUUCUACAUGGGUUUCUUCAGGAAGAUGUCUAUAUGGUUCAACCCCCCGGGUUUCAUUGAUCACACUCGUCCUUCUCAUGUUGUUAAUAAGGAACAUACACUGCACAUCAAUCAACUCAAAUAUGCCCAUGAUCUUUUAAAGAAAACCAAUCUUCUCAACUCCAAACCAGCAUCUACCCCUUUGGUUGCCAAGGUUCUCCUCUCUGUCUCUGAUGGUGCUCUCAUCUCCAACCUAACCGAGUAUCGUGAGCUUGUUGGCAGUUUAUAG